CUGCAAUCUUGGUUGGGUUGGGGUUGGCUGCUCUUUGGAGCUUGUUAAGUCUGUUUUUUAUUAAAAGCGAUAUCUUUCUAUUCUUGCGGCGCAGUAGCGAAGUGGUAAGAGAGAAAGGUGGUGGUGCGGUGCAAUAA